AUGUGGUUGGAUGUGCUGCAAAAGUUUAAAGCAAAUGGCUUCAACACAAUUAGUGUCUACUUCUUCUGGAGUUAUCAUUCUGCUUCCAGGGAAGCAUAUGAUUUUGAAAGUGGAGCACAUAACAUACAGCGUCUUUUCGAUAUGGCCAAGGAGACAGGACUAUGGGUAAUUGCCCGACCGGGUCCUUAUGUCAAUGCCCAAACCAAUGCAGGUGGCUUAGCUCUAUGGGGCUCCGAUGGCUCCAUGGGAAAGCUGCGGACGUCAGAUGAGGCCUACCAUGAAGCAUGGCUUCCAUAUAUGAGGAGAGUCGGACAAAUCAUUGCAGCGAACCAGAUCACAAAAAGUGGUCCCGUCAUACUCUUCCAGGUGGAAAAUGAGCUACGAGAGACUAGGCAUGAACCCAACAAUACUCUUGUUAUGUAUAUGGAACAGCUUGAAUCAGUUAUUAGGGAGGUGGGAAUAACGGUUCCUACGACUCACAACGAUCAAAACACGAAAUAUAUAUUCUGGUCAAGGAAUUACGAAAACGUUGGUGGCGCAGUUGACAUUUAUGGCUAUGACGACUACCCUGCAGGAUUCCUUGUUGGGAACAAAUGUGAUGGAGCGACUGGCUUUGAUGUAGUUCGGACUUACUAUCAGCGGUUCAUGAAUUAUGCAUGGUCUGGUCCAAUAUACCUCGCUGAGUUUGAGGGCGGACGUACUUUGACUUGGGGUGCACCGCAAAACUAUGAUGAUUGUCGAAGCGAGCACAGUACCACCUUUGUGGACAUCUACUAUAAGAACAACAUUGGCCAGCGCGUGACGCUACAAAGCAUAUACGAAGGCUAUGGAGGGACUAAUUGGGGCCAUUCUGCUUGCCCGGUGGCGUAUACCAGCAAUGACUAUAUGACCCCCCUCCGAGAAACUCGCGAGCAAUGGGCCAAGCUCUGGCAAACGAAGUUGAUACAACUCUUCUCAGGAUCAGCACCUGAUUUGCUCAAAACGAAUAUGCAUGGGAAUGGGUCGGGUUACAGUCUCUCAACACCCGAUGCUUAUAGCUGGGUCCUGAAGAACCCAGAUACCCAGGCAACCUUCACUGUGCUGCAGCAGAAUGAAACUCCAUCAACCGCUAUCAUCACCUUUUCAGCCUACUUGAACACCAGCCUUGGCAAUGUGACUGUUCCAGGUAUCCAGCUUGAAGGGCGCCAGAGCAAGAUUCUAGUUACAGACUAUAAGUUUGGUAACCAACUUCUGCUGUAUUCGUCAGCAGAUGUACUUACAAAUGCCGUCUUGCCUGGUCACGACGUUCUAACUCUGUAUCUGUGGGAAGGACAAACGGGCGAGUUUGCUUUAAGAACAUUGAAGAACUUGACGUUCGAGGUCUACGGCUCGUCUACCGUAUUGUCGACGCUUCAUCAUGGAUACCAGAAGAUUAGGUACACACAAUCGGCCGAUUCUACUGUCCUUCGUUUUUCAAAUGGGGUCAUUGUCUUAUUGCUUGAUCAACCUACCGCAUGGCAUUUCUGGGCUCCGUCAACAUCAAAGUACCCUUCUCCUAAGCCAGACCAGAAGCUUUUCAUUCUCGGCCCGUACCUAGUCAGGUCUGCAUCAGUCAAUAACGAAGUGCUUCAAGUGUCCGGAGACAACAACGGAACCACAACUUUGGAGGGUUUCAUCGGCAACGUGACCAUCAAGGCAAUCGAAUGGAACGGCCAGCUGCUCACAGCAACCAAGACGCCCUAUGGCUCCUACACAGCCCAAAUACCCGGUACAGAAAACCGAUCAGUAACACUCCCACCUUUGAAUCACUGGCACUCAGCAGAAUCCCUCCCUGAAAUCCAGCCAGAUUUUGACGACUCCAGAUGGACGGUCGCGAACAAGAAUAGUACUCUCAGCCCACAAGACCCUCUUACCCUGCCAGUUCUUUUCAGCUCCGACUAUGGUUACUACGCCGGCGCUAAAAUAUACCGUGGCUACUUUGACGGCAUUGACUACUCUGCAGUUAACAUCACUGCCGCUGGAGGUCUUGCUUUUGGGUGGAACGCAUGGCUGAACGGGUAUCUCAUUGGGGGCCACCCUGGCGAUCCCGAUCUAUCAGCCACAAAUUUGACUCUAACGCUUCCAGCGUCCCAUCUCAAGACGAGGAACAAUGUCAUCACAGUCUUAGUUGACUACCAUGGCCACGAUGAAACUAACAUCCUUAACGGUGCUGGGAAUCCUAGGGGCCUUCUCGGCGCGUAUCUCCUUCCAGGAGGUACACGAACAGCAACCGGGUUCAAACUAUGGAAGAUUCAAGGUAAUGCUGGCGGUUCGAAGAAUGUCGACCCAGCUCGUGGACCCAUGAAUGAGGGUGGCCUCUAUGCUGAACGACUAGGCUGGUUCCUCCCUGGCUUUCCGGCUUCAGAUGACAAGGAGUUCAAGAGUACUUCCAGUCCGCUAGACGGCAUCUCAGGAUCGGGUGUCCGCUUCUAUGUCACCACUUUUGACCUUGAUAUCGACAGUGAUCUAGAUGCACCCAUUGGUAUUUCUCUCUCAGCACCAAAUGGCACCAUAGCACGUGUAAUGCUUUGGGUCAAUGGGUAUCAAUACGGAAAAUACGUCCCUCACAUUGGUCCGCAGACGACGUUUCCUAUCCCUCCAGGAAUCAUUAACAACCGGGGUCAGAAUACAUUAGCCUUGAGUGUGUGGGCGCAAACAGAUGCCGGUGCAAAGCUCGACACUGUAGAGCUCUUCACUUACGGGUUGUAUCAGACAGAUUUUCAGUUUGAUCGGGACUGGAGCUAUCUACAGCCGAGGUGGAAGGAUAGAAGCAUGUACUCUUAG